AUGAGCGAUACUGCAAUAGUUAAUAAUAUAGCUGACAAACCAAUAAAAGUUAAUAAAUGGGAAUCAAAUGCCGUCAAAAAUGCAUUAGAUGAUGCAUGCAAAAAAUAUUUCAAAGAGACACUUAAUUUUACUGAAGAUUAUAAAUUAAUGGAUGGUCGUCUCUAUAUCUCAUUUAUUGCAUGUUUGUUUUCGGGCUAUGCUUUAGUCUAUGAUUGGUUAAAUCCAUUUCCAAAAUCACGUUCAGUACUAAUUCUUUGCGUUAUAGCUUAUUUUAUACUUAUGGGUAUUUUAACAUUUUAUAUGCAGUUUAUUGAACGUAGUAAAUUUUAUACUGGUAAACUAGUUGAUAGAACUGGUCUUGAUCCUGUAUCUCGAUGUACUGUUUCAUCAAAACUUAAAAAAUAUGAUGAUAAAUAUAAUUUAACAUUAGAAUAUAAUGAUGGAAAAGAUAAAACAACAAAAUCAACACAAACAUUAUUAACUUCUGUUGGUAAUUAUUUUGAUGAGAAUGGUGUUUUAAUUUAUGAUCGAUUAACCGAUGAUUUAAAAAAAUUGUAUGAUCAAGCACGAUCGAAUGCACGUAAAGUUAAAUAA